UAUAUAUCAAGAGGGUAGCUGAUAGUCUGCGGCGAGUUGUGGGUACGCAUGCGCCGGCGGCGCCCGAUUGGUGUCCCUCCACUUCGGGUACCCGCGGAGUUCUCCACCUUACUUUUGCUUACAACGGUACGGGCAAACGAGAGAUUCGAGCCGCGUAAACUGACGGUCCAAAAGGGGUCGCCGUAAAAUUUGUUGUUACUUGCAAAACGAUUGCACGUGCCUGAAGAUACGCAGACGGAGAAUAAGUGAAAGUUGAAAUCGCGAGCGGCCGCGGACUGUCAAUCGCGUCCGGACGAUAUGUGAAUAGAUCCGGGAGAUGUUCCAGUGUAUCAUCCAGCAAAGGAACGGGUGGAUCCAUCCUCACAACACCGAGACGAAAGACGUCUUUCCAGAUAUUAGGCUUCAGUUGAACGAGCAACUACGAUGCCUGGACAUGCGCAUGGAGGCCCAAGUGGCCUUAGUGACCGAGCUACAAGAUUUCUUCCGCCGUAGAGGGGAGCUGGAGCUGGACUAUUCAAAGAAUUUAGACAAACUGGCGAAGAGCCUUCAGCUUCGACACAAGGAGCAAAAGCAAAAAAGGGAACAAUGGCCUUUAUUUUCAAGUUACGCUUGUUGGCAACAGCUGGUCACUCAAACGAAGAACUUAUCACGUGACCAUGUGGCCCUCGCCGAAGUCUACUCCACUCACUUAGUUUCAAGGUUAGCGCAAGUUAUGGAAGACGUCCAAAGGAUAUAUAAAAGAUGCAGGGAAAUUGGAUACGAAACGCACGAAGAAAUUCUCAGAGUAUUACAUGAGCUUCACACGACCAUGAAGACAUAUCACAGCUACCAGGGCGAGCUCCGACAAGCGGAGGAGAAGCUCAAAGCCGCUGAAACUCAGCGGAACAAGCUCAAACAAUCGCUACCUCAGGAUAAGCUCGAACGGUCUAAGAAGUACAAAUUCAUGGAAAAAGAAGUAACGAAACGUGCUAGUAAAUGCUCGGAUGCUAAAAUAAAAGCGCUAAAAGCUCGUAAUGAAUACAUUUUGUGCCUGGAAGCCUCCAACACUACUAUUCAUAAGUAUUUCGUCGAUGAUUUAUCUGACUUAAUCGACUGUAUGGACUUUGGGUUUCAUAAUUGUAUAUCUAGAGCUUUACUUAUGCAUGUUUCCGCUGAAGAAGGUCGCCAAAGGUCAGUGCAACAUGGUAUGGAUACUCUCUCAACGUGCAUCAACUCACUAGAUUCGGGUUCCGAUAAGCAACGAUUCCUAGAAUACAAUCAUAGCGCGUUUAUGAUCCCUAAAAAAUUGGAAUUCCAAGGCCAAAAAACAGAUGACGGUGUCACCUUACAGCAACCGGAACCGGAAAUCCAGAAGAUACUUCACCAGGAGAUGGAAACCAGACUGAAUCAACUCCAGCAACGUGUGACGACAUUACGAGCGGAGUCUGACGAAGUUUGGAAAACGUUAGAAACUGCCGAAAGCACGUUGUUGGAAAUGUUAAACGCUAAGGACUACGAUUGCAGUCAGUAUUUUGGGGAAAACGCUCUCCCCGCAACGAAACCGCCCGAAUCGCUAUCGAUGAAGCAAAGGGCCGAUCGACAAGAGACUGAGGAAUUUUAUUUAACGAAAUUUCGUGAAUACUUAUUAGGUUCUACUAGAAUAGCUAGGUUAGAUGCUAAGCAAAAAUAUAUAAGUCAAACAUUAUUAGCCGAAACUCCCGAAGCUGGAAAUACAUUAAAACCGGUUUCAAAGAUACCACGGCGCAAGCGUAUUGGUCGACUACAAAUGAGCGGUCAACCAAAAUUAUUUGGAGGAUCACUUGAGGAGUAUCUAGAAGCCACCAAUCAAGAAAUUCCCCUUAUUAUUAAAUCAUGUGUUCGUGUGAUAAAUUUAUACGGUUUACAUCACCAAGGAAUAUUUAGAGUGUCAGGGUCGCAGGUUGAAAUAAACAAUUUUAGGGAGGCUUUUGAGAAAGGCGAAGAUCCUUUAGCCGAAAUGACCGAUUCUUCCGAUAUUAACAGCGUCGCGGGUGUUUUAAAACUUUAUUUACGUGAAUUAAGAGAACCGCUUUUCCCUAUUAUUUACUUCGAACGUUUUAUGGAACUAGCACAACUCGAAUCGAAACGUGAAUUUAUAACGAAAAUACGUGAGUUAAUUUUCCGACUUCCCAGACCUGUUGUGGUUGUGAUGCGUUAUCUUUUUGCAUUUUUAAAUCAUUUAUCAGAAUUUUCUGAUGAAAACAUGAUGGAUCCUUACAAUUUAGCGAUUUGUUUUGGCCCGACGUUGGUGCCCGUCCCAGACGAUAAAGACCAGGUUCAAUAUCAGAACCAAGUUAAUGAGCUUAUUAAAAAUAUUAUUAAAUACAAUGAUUCUAUUUUCCCUAACGAUGGCGGUGUGGUUUAUGAAAAAUACAUUUCGCUUGAACCGGAUGAUCAUGAUGUUGGUGAUUCACCCUCUGAGCAAGGCCAUGAAGAUAUCGAUUCGGAAGUUUAUCCUUCAGAAGAUGAUUCUGAAUGCAUGGAAGCGACUGCUCAAUUCGAUUUUCAAGCGCGUUCGGAUCGAGAGCUUUCCUUCAAAAAAGGUGACACGGUAACUUUAUAUUCGCAAAUAUCGAAUGAUUGGUGGCGCGGUGCUGUUAAUGGAAAUCAAGGAUUAAUACCAGAUAAAUAUAUAUCACUAAAAAUGAAAGAUGAUGAUCGUGAAAAAAUUGAAAAUUUAAAGUCGAGUUCGUCGGAGGAAUCGAUAAGACGCAGAGCGUCUAGUUCGAACGAUUCGAUGCUGUCCGAGAGUUCAAUGUCGGCAACGAAUUCGCCAUUAGUUCAAUGCGCACCAAUGACUUGGACGGCUGUGCCUAACAUGAACGAAGAGACUAACAGUUCUACAGUGCUUAUGAAUCAGUCUAGAGAGAAAUUAAUCGGACAUAAACGUAAUAAAUCAUUGGAUGGGACAUCAUUACAAGACGACACGAUAUCACACAGAACAACCAUAAACAUCAACCAAACCUCCCAAAACAUCAUAAUAAACGGUUCGUCUUUAUCGCUAAAUAAAAAUUGUCAAGAUUCAUCAAACAGCGUUGAUACCGUUGAUACCCAACACGGAUCACCCGUAGAAAUACGCAAAAAAAGUCAAGAGCCAGCCGAAAUCGACGAAUCAAACGUCGAUUUUAGCCAAAACCGCGAACAAUGGCAACGCCGGGCAAACUCGCAAUCCCAUAUCAAAAUAUCACAUACCUUAAAAGCAAAUCGAAACUCAGAAAAUUGGAUGCAAAGGCAAAAUUAUACUCCAGAUCUUGUUAUGGAUUUACCUUUAGUAGGAAAUUCCGGUCCAAAAGAAAUGGUUAAAAAAUCGAUGAGUUUGUAUUCGGAUCAUGGGGAAGAAGAAACAAAGAUUUUAGAUAACCCGGAAAGUCCAGAUAUGACCACGGCUGCUGAGAGAUUUGCUAAACAAAAUCAAUUAACUGUUAAGAAAAAUACUAAAGUUCGAAUCGAUUCGGGCGAUGUUACAAAACAAGUUUCCGAUUUAGUGGCCAUAACCAGUCCGAUUCCCGAUCGGAAAUAUGCGACAAUUUCGAACGCGACAACCACUACAUUUAAGCCGCAAAUUAAAGUGAAACCUCCGGUGCUCAAAAAACCGAUGUUUUCGGUUCCUUUACCCGCUCAGAUACCAACAGAUUUAUCAAAGGACCAAGGAGAUGUUUCCACUUAAGAUUAAAAAAAAAAUUAAAAGAGAUGAGGUGCGGAACGAAUUUUCCCGUAGACAAUAAUAAUCCACUCAAACAAAAAUGAAGGGAAAAAGUCCGAAAUUUCUCUUCAACUGAGAAUUUGGCGACUAUUUUUUUAUGGUAUUUUAAGAAGUUUUUUAAUAUAUUUAAGGAACGUGUUUAUACCGAAAAUGGUAAUUAUUAUUUUAUUGUUAAUUUUCGGGAUUGAUUUUUUUGAUCACACUCUUUACAAUUUAUUUCACAUUUUCACUAAAAAUAUUUCUAAUCAAUUAAGAAAAAAAAAACACGUACAACUUUAAAUUGUGCCAUAAUAAAUAAUAUGGAAUGUGCACAAUAAAAUAAAAUAUUUUAGGACAAAAAAAUGAAUGCAUUAAAAAUUUUAUUUUAUUGAUCACAUAAUAUUAUGUAUCCACUGGUGUACAUAUCGUUUUUACAUCCAAGUACAGACGAUGUUCUUCGAUUAUUAAAAUUUCCUUCGCCAGAGCUUUUUUGCACAACGACUUUUUAAUCGAUAUAGAUGGUGCUUUUUAAUCUUAUCGUGUAUGCUGCAAUAACUUUGCGGCUCGUAUAUUUUUUACAUUCAUGUGAUCCAUGUGAUUUAGUAAGAACCGUUAACCAGAGAGGGUUUUAUUUCUCCCGCAAUUUUUCUCCCUUAAAAUAUCGACCAGUUUUUACUCGAACAAUCGUAAUCUACAACGUAUAUUUAUCUAUUAUCAUUGUGUAAUCUGUAUUUUUGGAAUCUUAAUAUCCAAAUAUUAAACGUAUUUAUAAUGGGUAUUUAUUGCGGAAUACGAAAAAAGCUCAAAGCUUUUGAUGUUUUUCGUACAGCUUUAUCUGGCGUAAUCUGUGUCAAUUUUCGUUCCUUUUUUAACAAAAUAAUUUGUUGUAUGCAAAGAUUUACUUUAAAUUUGAGAAUUAAGAGAUAUUUUUAAAUCAUGUUUUAUUUUUUUAGUUUCUCAGGUUAUUUGCGUGUUUUAAAAAGUCUCCAUUUUCAAUGUUAACUGUAAUUUUUUGUAUACAAUUCACCACGAGACUGAAAAAAAAACAAAAAAUAGGAAAAUAGAUUUUCACAGGGUGUCUGAGAGCUUUUAUUGUUUUUGUUUCUCAAAAUUUUUUGGUUUUGUUAAUUUUAAUUCAGACUGAACCGUACUUCUUGUGAUCGUAAGGAGCAAAAGUUCGUAAUUUGUUACCGUGUCGUUUUAUAACAAAAAAAAAAUACACAACAACAACUUAUAAAAAGGGAAAAAACACCAAUGGUAUAUAACCGUUCAAAAAAAUCCGAACACCGUAACAUUUAGGUGAUAAAGGUAACAAAUAUCUAAAAAAAAUAACUAUGUUUAUGAAGACCUUGCCUUAUCGAACAUAGUGAGCGUAACAUAAGUUAAAUACGUUUCCCUAGCCGUAUAACAUUAAUCGAGCGCUUCAUCGAAUUUGUCCUUUCUCAUAAUAUAAUAUUCGUUACAGCGCUCGUUUUUUUUCUUAUUAAUAAUUAUAUAUACUGUAUUUAAUCUAUAAAAAUAAACUUCAAAUCGAAUCGUA